AUGUCUCUCGUCGACAAGCUUUCUCCCGAUGUUCUCUUCAACAGGCUUCCACCUGAUGUUCUCAGUAUCAUCUUCCAUCUCGUUCCAGACUCUCCUUGGAUUUGGGAACAGAAGGAACAUGGAGAUUUGGAGUUCCAGUGGGCUUAUCCUGUAUGGUCGCCUUGCUAUGUGAAACCUGGAUCAUGCGUCAGACUGUCGCAUGUGUGCCAUCUUUGGCGUGAACUUACGCUAAGUCUACCUACCCUUUGGUCCAAUGUUAUCGAUUCCUAUUCUGUUUCGGUACCCGUGGAUGUUAUGGUACGGCGGUCUCAAACGGCUCCUUUGGACAUCUAUUUAAAGGACUCCCCUCAAGGGUACUUGAAGAAUCUCUUGUCUUCUGGAGAUAGCAAGCGUAUCCGCUCUGUCUGGUUGGAAGCGAGAUUCGACGCUCCCGCAGAAGAACUUCUCGCACCUUUAGCCGCUCCCGGUGUCGAAUCCGUCGUAGUCAUGUCUCACCAAUAUUUCUAUACACACAAGCCUUUGAGAUCCAUCCUGCUUUUUGGUGGGCGUACGCCUCGCAUUACGCAGCUGGUCCUCUCCAACACCUACUGGUUGCCCGCAAACAAUAUGCCAUCCCUCACGCAGCUCCAGAUUGGGAAUAUUAUCUGCUCAGGAUUUUAUUUGGAGAUCCUGUCCGUUCUUGAGAGAACACCCAACCUCAUCGAUUUAAUAUUGACCGACAUCAGAUGCCCCGAACAUAGCCCGCCUGAACCGCGCGCGAUUCGGCUUCCGAAACUAGCCAUGAUCAGAUUGGGCGGCGACCACGAGUACAACUCAGGCUUGGGAAACAUACUAUCAUGUCUCUCUGUUGCAGAUACUACGGCGCUGCGGAUGGGUGAAUCUUGCUGUCAGCUCCCGCACCUCCCUGUGAUCCAGGCCAUCACGAAGAUCUCCGUUUUACGAGAGAAUUUUGGGUACACACUCGUGGCUACAGGGCCGCUUUCAGGAAUCUAUGUCUAUAGCGAUAGGCCUGACCACGAUGAUCUGUUCAUGUUGAUGAUUCGGAGGCUACCGUUGGUUCAGAUUUGGGAGUCUUGGGUCAUUGAAAGGAUCGCUCUCAAUUACGCUACUUUCACUUCACUUCUGCCAUGGAUGCCAAGGCUAGAGAAGCUGGUGGUGUUGGCAGAGAGCGUUGAGGACGUGGUGGGCAUUCUCUUGGAACCAAGCGACCCUUCUCAGGCACCGCUGUCUCGCAGCGGCAUGACGGUGCACAUCAUCAUGCAGGAUUCUGACGUCAAUAUCGCCGUCCUCAUAGGGUUGAUAGUGCGCCAGAAGGAGGUCAAUGUUGCGCACCUCAUCAUUGGCUACCACAGAACGUAUGAUGGCCCGCAGAUCGAACGCUCAUGUUUGGCAAAAGAGUUCCAGUUGGUGGAGUUUACGAAUCAUGAAGAAUUCCCGUACAUGGAUCUGCCCCCGGUGUGUACAGAAAGUGCACAUGAUGACUGGCGGUCGUGGUUUGAAGCGUGGGACGGCUUUGAUGCGCCAUCCACUAUGGGGAACGCAUGA